AGUUUGGUUUGUUUAAUAAACCAUGAACAAAACCCCAAAUUUUAUCGUUCUCGUUCCUCUAAUGUUCAAAAUCAAAACAUCCAGUAAACCCUAAUCGACCUUCGUUCCGCCACCGUCAUCCCUCUAAGUGAAUAACAAUGAGGAAGUUAAAGUUUCAUGAGAAGAAGCUUUUGAAGAAGGUGAAUUUUUUGGAAUGGAAGAGAGAAGGGGGACACAGAGAGAACAUGGUUAUGCAGCGCUACCAUAUUACUCAACGGGACGAUUAUAAAAAGUAUGCUACGUUAACACGGAUGAUUCAGAAGAUGGUGAGCAUAGUGAAACAGAUUGAUGUCAAGGAUCCGGAUCGAGUUAGGUUGACUGAUUACCUUUUGGAAAAACUUUACAACAUGGGUGUGAUUCCAACCAGGCAAAGCAUCACAUUAUGUGAACGCUUAACCGCGUCAUCCUUCUGCAGACGGAGGCUCUCAACUGUUUUGGUGAGACUAAAAUUUGCGGAACAUUUGAAAGAAGCUGUAACGUAUAUUGAGCAGGGGCAUGUUCGGGUUGGACCAAAUACAGUUACAGACCCAGCUUUCCUUGUUACUAGAAACCAGGAAGACUUCAUUACAUGGGUGGAUUCGUCUAAGAUAAAGAGAAAGGUGCUUCAGUACAAUGACAAGUUGGAUGACUAUGAUUUAAUGAAUUAGGUGGCUUCUUGUGUUUCACUAUUGAACAAUUUUUGUAUUGUAGACACGGAUGUAAAAGACUAUUUAAGAAUAUGGAUGAAAUAUCAAACUUUUUAUGGUUCUCUUUA